AUGUUCGGCGCACUGAAUCGCUUUAUUGCACGGCUUGACGCUGCACCAGAGGAGCAGCAGUCGGCGACCCGCGGCGCGUUUGGAUUUCAGGUGUUGAGGAACACGAAUCCGGAGGUGACCUUGGAGCCGUGGUUCGAUUUUGUUAUUGGAAUCAAUGGCAGGACCAUAGAAAGUCCGGAUCCGAAUCUGUUCGCUACGGAGGUCCGCAAUUGCGCUGGGUCGACGAUUAGCCUGGGUAUCUUCAGCGCGAAGGGGCAAAAGAUCCGAGAAAUAUAUAUCCCCAUUCCCGCAGAUAACCCUGCACUCGGUGUCUCACUGCAGUGGACGCCCCUCGCCGUCACAGAAGAUGUCUGGCAUAUUCUCGACGUAAUCCCAAACUCUCCGGCCGAUGUAGCAGGCCUUCUUCCCUACGGCGACUAUGUGAUUGGCAGUCCAGAAGGUCUAGUACGAGGAGAGUCUGGAUUGGGCGAGCUCGUUGAGGAUUACCUAAACAGACCGCUCCGACUCUUUGUUUACAACCACGAGUACAACGUCACCCGCCCGGUCACCAUCACGCCCUCCCGCGGUUGGGGCGGCGAAGGAGCGCUAGGCUGCGUCCUCGGCUUCGGCGCCCUGCAUCGCAUCCCCGCACCCCUAGAAGAACCACCACAAGGACCAGGGGAAACCCUCUUCUCCACAGACUCAGCAUCGUUCGACGAGAAGCGACCACUAUCGUCAUCCUCCAACCUACCUCCAGCCCAGAGUAUCGGCGCUGGAAGCGAACUGUUUGUCCCGGCAAACAUCGCUAUGCCGUCGAAAUCGCCGCCACCUCAGGGAGGAGCACCGCCGAAGAGAGGGAAGCAUAGAGCGCAUCAUGCGCAUGUUAGUCCAAGUGGAGGCGGCGGGUUGGAUGAUUAUUUCAAAGAGGGCGAGCAGAAGAGUCUGGAACAGGACUUUGCGCCGAAAGGGAAGGGAGGUGUUCCUCCGCCGCCGAAAGUGGGAGGGCCGCCUAUGGGAGGGCCGCCUAAAGGACCGCCGAAGAGCGCUACGCCUGUGCAAGCGGAAGGGGAUGCGGAAGCAUGA